AUGAAGAAGCAAAACGUGCGGACCCUGUCGCUCAUCCUCUGCAUGUUCUCCUACCUGCUGGUGGGCGCCGCGGUGUUCGAUGCCCUGGAGUCCGAGUCGGAGACAUCCCGCCGGCGCGUCCUGGAGCAGAAGCGCAUUGAGAUGAAGAAGAAGUACCGCUUCUCCGAGGGAGACUACCGGGAGAUCGAGCGGGUGGUGCUGCAGGCUGAGCCCCACCGAGCCGGCAGGCAGUGGAAAUUCGCCGGGUCCUUUUACUUUGCCAUAACAGUCAUCACCACCAUUGGUUAUGGACAUGCAGCACCAGGCACGGAGGCAGGAAAGGUCUUCUGCAUGUUCUACGCCGUGCUGGGCAUUCCUCUCACUCUGGUCAUGUUCCAGAGUCUGGGAGAAAGGAUGAACACGUUCGUCCGCUACCUCCUGCACAAGACCAAGCAGUGCAUAGGCUUCCAGCGCACCGAGGUGUCAAUGGAGAACAUGGUCCUGGUGGGCUUCCUGUCCUGCAUCGGAACGCUGUGUGUGGGAGCUGCGGCGUUCUCCCACUUUGAGGGAUGGAGCUUCUUCCAUGCCUACUACUACUGCUUCAUCACGCUCACCACCAUUGGCUUCGGGGACUUUGUGGCCCUGCAGAAAAAGGACGACCUCCAGGAGAAGACGCCCUACGUGGCCUUCAGCUUCCUGUACAUCCUGGUGGGCCUGACCGUCAUCGGGGCCUUCCUCAAUCUGGUGGUGCUUCGCUUCCUCACCAUGAACACUGAGGAUGAGCGGAGAGACGCUCAGGAAAGGGCAUCGCUGAAGAGGGACAGGGGCCUUUUGGAUGGGACCGUGAGCCUCCAUGUCGGGGGGGAGCAGAGCAGAGGCAGCCACAGGGGGAGGAGCAGGAGCAACGUGGUGCGCAGCCACAGCGCGCUCUUCCUCCCCAUGGAGGAAGGAACCAGCCGCACCAACCUCAUCGCUUUCCCAGCCGAGGAUCAGGAGAAGAAGAGAAGAAGUCCCUGCAGACACAGGCUGCAUUUCCAGAUCAAGGCAGGAAGACUCAGGCCGGAGUCGAGCCUCAGCUCCCUCUGCUCCUGUGUGUGCUACCGCUUGGGGGUCUGCGAUAGCCCCCUCAUGUCCCACAGUGAACACCACAGCUGCCAUAUCAAGUCUGUUUAUUACAACUCAGUGUCCUACAGGAUCCAGGGCUGCUCGCCGGGUUCCAGGGACAACACCGGACUCUCCUCCCCAGGCAGCACGCUCUCGCCCGGGCACAGCUUCCGGGAGUUCCCCCGCUCAAGGAGAAGGUCGGUGUGA